AUGGUGCAACAGAAACUGGCCCUUCAGAAGGAGCUGCAUUGUUUCCAGGAACAGAUGAACGAUCUGAACAUUCUCAAAGCCAAAGCUGAUUCACGUGUGAGUGAGAUCGAAGCGAAUUGCGCCAAAAUACUUGCUGAAAAAACAGCGUGCAAAGACGAUGGCAUUUGUUUUCAGGCAGUACUGCGUGUUGAAAACGAUCGUCUUGAGGAAGAGCUGCGUACAGCAAAUGCGCUGGUUGAGGAGCAGAAACAGAAACUGGAACUUGUCGGUGAAAACCUUGUAAAAGUCUCGGAACGAGUGGCAUUUUUGGAGCGUUGUAUGGCCAACACAUCGACAUCCAGCGAGGAAUACUUGGGCCCUGGUGGCACCUCCAGGUCGGCCACUGCUUUAUUUGAAGUGAUCAAAUAUCUGCAAGGCGAAAAUCGACAGACUGCGGAGAGGAUGAUGAAUGCCGAACUGCAGUGGAAGCGUUUACAAUCGCAACAAGCUGAUGCCACCGAACAGCGUUUGAAGUUGGAAGAGGAGAUACUCAAACUGCAAAAAGAGGCUGAAGCUUAUGUUCGUGAAAUUGCGAAGAAAAAUGAAAUGGUCUCUAGACUGGCCGCGACGGAAGGCCUACAAAAGGAAAACCAGUCUUUGAAAGUGCAGACCGAGAGGCUGACGAGUCGCUGUGAGCAGCUCUCCAAAGCUGCUCAUGUUCGUGAAAUUACGAAGAAAAAUGAAAUGGUCUCUAGACUGGCCGCGACGGAAGGCCUACAAAAGGAAAACCAGUCUUUGAAAGUGCAGACCGAGAGGCUGACGAAUCGCUGUGAGCAGCUCUCCAAAGCUGCAAGUGAUUUGCAAGCGCGAUUUGCCACUUUAGAAGCUGAGAAAAUUGCCGAGAAAGGAAAGCUGCAAAGCGCUCUAUCUGAUUUACAGAUAGCAAGAAAGGAAAUAGAAACAUGGAAGGAAAAACACAAUCAAGCAUUGAUUUCGUCCAAUUUCACUAGAAAAAUGAUUUUCAGUAAUGAAAUUGAAGCUGUAAAACGAAAACUAAGUAUCCUCACUGCGGAACGAGAUUCAACAAGAAAGGAGCUGGAGAAAAGCGUUCGAGAAGCGCCUUCCAAGGCAGCAUUGGCAGAUCUGCAGAAGAAACUUGAGGAUAGCGAAACGGAGCGCCUCAAGCAGUCAACCAAAUUUGAGCAACUGCGACAGAUAGCGCGUCAAUACAAGCACAAAUCGCAGACACUUGAAAAAGAGCUGGAAACAGCGCAGGCUCAGAAAGACGAAAAAUCGGCUGCAGAUGACAGUGCUGCUGAAAUUGCACGGCUGAAGCAGGAGCUGGUUGCUGCGCAUGCGGAAAUCGAAAAGCAGAAACAACAGAAAACGUUGCCGCGAACAGGCUGGCCAACUGAAGCGAUGACAGGAACCACACAAUCGAAAACAGCGCCGCUUCUCCACACGCAGCUGAAACAAGUGGAAGAACUCAACCUUCAGAAUAAGGAUUUGUCAAAUAAGGUGGAAGAGCUGACGAAAAAAUGCGGUGAUUUAGAAGGCAAAUUAAGUGAAUCUGAAAUGAAACUCGUUGAAUUAAAACAAGAAAACGAUACGAAAGGUAAUUCUAAUUAA